AUGUCCACUGCCCAAGACGUGUCCUCCAAGGUCUCCAUCGAUAAGUUCGAUGGGGACAACUACGCGACUUGGAGUCGUUACAUGCGUGGCGUGUUCCUGACCAAGUCGGUCUGGCACGUCGUUAACCGUGAGACGACGCCGACCUUCGCGGACCCUCGUCCCAUGGAAGAUUACGUCAGGUCGAGCAACAUCGCGUUUGGACUGAUGUUGCUCCACAUGGACGCCGACUAUCAUCACGUGGUUGAUGAUUGUGAGGAAGCAUGGGUCGCAUGGGCGCGUUUGAAGACGCUUUACGGUGGAUCGCAGAAGGCUGGGCGCAUUUUUCUGAAGCGCCAGCUCUUCAGUAUGGAGAUGAAGGAAGGCGGCAAUGUGAUGCAUCAUUGCAACGAGGUUCUCAACAUCAGCGCCAAGCUUACCAGCAUCGGCGCCAAGAUGGAGGACGAAGACGUGGCGAUCUGUUUGUUGCGCAGUCUCCCCAAGAGCUACGAGAAUGUCGUGCUGAAUUUGGAGAUGAACAGCGCUGAAUUACGAUCAAGAGACGUUGUGAGGGUGCUUACGAAUGAGCACAUCAAGAGGCAAGGCGAGAAGACGGCAUCGGUGAAAGUUGAAGAAGCGGCCAAGGCUUUCAGCACCGAGCGCGAGCCUCGCCAGUGUACGUACUGCGGAAAAUUGGGGCACACGGCAGAGCGGUGCUGGACCAAGCAGAAGGAUGAGAAUCAAGGUGCUCGACGCGGCGGUAACAACCGAGGACGCGGAGCCAACAAUGUGCAGUGGCGAACCAGCAGCAACAACUACGACGACGAUUACGAUCGAGUAGCGUUUGCGGUUUCGCUGGAAGCAGGACUAUCGACGGGCAAGAGCAUGCCUGGAAUGUGGGCGAUUGAUUGA